CUUUCAGUCGUGGUGGUGCAAGCAGCCAUGUUGCCGCGAGCUUGUUCCGGUAUCAGGGCAGGAUCGUGCGCAUAGACUGCAAUCGGGCGCAGCUCUUCGACUCUCUCCCCCUGUCGCCCGUGACACGCACCUCCUUAACAAGAAAACCCCCGUUUACCGAUAAUGGAUUUUACAACUUGAUAAUUCUUUCUUCCGUCGGCUGGUCUUGGGGAUAAUAGCAGUCGGUGUACCGAAGGGGACGAACACUGCAGUGCAGCACUGUUGGACGACCUUAUUCCAAUCACGCAGCACAAGGAAGAGCGCCGGUGAUUUCCGUGGAUUUUGAGUUUUGCGGCUUGCUCUGUGGCCGCAGGAGGAUCAGUAAACUAGCGAGCUUGCUUCGAAAAAAACACUGAAUUAGCUACAUGGGCUAAUACUGGCUAGCGCAACAGAUUAAUUCGUGUUUUUCACCUGCCAUGUGACCAUUUUACAUGGUGCUGCUUUUAUUUUAGGGUACCCUACCCUGGAUAUCUCGCUGUGAACAUUUUGAAUUGUUUUGUGCGAGUUGAAAAGGUCGAGACCUCGCCGGGAAUAACUUUGGCCUGAAAGUUUUGUAGACCCCGGACCUGGUUUCAAACCUGAAAGGAAACAUCUGUGUCACAAAAAAAAGAGAAACAGGCGUCGACACUGCGUUUUUAAAGUCAGACGUAAGUUAGCAACCUUACAGGUUAGCAUGCUAGCCACCUAAUUGAACCUUGACUUGUUCAAUACAACCAUUGCCACAACUUUUCUUCAAGCUAACCCAAGUAGCUAGCUGGCCAAAACGCCCGAGCAUCAGGUUGGUAACUCACUGGUCACCAUCGACACUGAUAAAUGCUAAUUGGGAACUGGAUGUUUUCACACAAAGACCGAAGCUAAAGAAGACGUUUAGCUUUUUCCUGUUUUAUGCUUGUUGACAAACAUGGGACGUACGGUUGCUGCUAGCUAGUUUCUAGCUAGCUGGCUAACUCGGCUAGCCGCUGAUGUGGGAUUCAACUUGUUGAUUCACGGGCUAUCUGUCGUGCUGCUAGCUGGCUAGCACUGGACAUCUGGAACUGGAUUUUCCUCUACCAUCAGCUAGCCAGAUUUUAAAUGCACAAAAGACACUAAAGAAUCGUUUUUGUAUCACUGUUCCUUUCCCCUUUUUGGCAACUUCAAGUCUUUCAAAAAUGUCAACAAGGACCCCACUGGUGCAAGUCAUUGAAAAUUCGACCGGCCAGGAGACUAAGUCAUCCGGUCGCUCCAGCAUGCCGCGAUGUCGGAACUCCGUUGCCACGACCACAACAGAUGACCAGCCGCACAUUGGUAACUAUCGGUUGCUAAAAACCAUUGGCAAAGGCAACUUCGCCAAGGUCAAACUGGCACGACACGUACUCACCGGAAAAGAGGUGGCUGUAAAGAUCAUUGAUAAGACACAGCUCAACUCCUCCAGUUUGCAGAAGCUCUUCCGGGAGGUGAGGAUUAUGAAGAUGUUGAAUCACCCCAACAUAGUCAAGCUCUUUGAGGUGAUAGAGACAGAGAAGACUUUGUACCUGGUAAUGGAGUACGCUAGUGGAGGAGAGGUCUUUGAUUACUUGGUGGCCCAUGGCAGGAUGAAGGAGAAAGAAGCCCGUGCCAAAUUCAGACAGAUUGUGUCAGCGGUGCAGUAUUGCCAUCAGAAGUGUAUAGUACACAGAGACCUCAAGGCAGAGAACCUGCUGCUGGACGCAGACAUGAACAUCAAGAUAGCAGACUUUGGCUUCAGUAAUGAGUUCACUCUGGGGAACAAGCUGGACACGUUCUGUGGCUCUCCACCCUACGCUGCCCCAGAGCUCUUCCAGGGAAAGAAGUACGACGGGCCUGAGGUGGACGUCUGGAGCCUGGGGGUGAUCCUCUACACACUGGUCAGCGGCUCGCUGCCCUUUGAUGGACAGAAUCUCAAGGAACUGAGAGAGCGCGUCCUGCGUGGUAAAUACAGGAUUCCGUUCUACAUGUCCACCGACUGUGAGAACUUGCUCAAAAAGUUCCUCAUUCUGAACCCCUCCAAAAGAGGCAGCCUCGAGCAGAUAAUGAGGGACCGGUGGAUGAAUGUGGGCCACGAGGAGGAAGAGCUUAAACCUUACAUUGAACCCCAGCCAGAUUAUAAGGACCCCAGGCGGACAGACAUCAUGCUGACAAUGGGAUUCUCUCAAGAGGAGAUCCAGGACUCGCUGGUGAACCAGAAGUACAAUGACGUGAUGGCUGCGUACCUGCUAUUGGACUAUAGGAAUUCUGAGCUGGAUGAAGGUGGCAUCAAGCCCCGGCAAGGAAGUGAUGUAAGCAACAUAAACGCUCCCUCCCCGCCUCACAAGGUACAGCGCAGUGUGUCGUCCAACCAGAAGCCUCAGAACCGCAGAGCCACUGACCAGGAAGAGGGGGGUCAAUCAGACAACCGGACUGCAGGGGAGGAUUCUGGGAGGAAAGGUUCAGGCAGCUCCACUACCAAGGUGCCGGCCAGUCCUCUGGUCCCCUCUGACCGCAAGAAGAGUGCCACGCCCUCCACCAAUAGCAUCCUGUCCACUGGUACUAGUCGCAGUCGGAACUCUCCUCUGACUGAGAGAGCCACGCUGGGCCAGGGCAUCCAGAACGGCAAGGACAGUGCCCCUACGCAGCGGGCGCCUGGGGCCUCCCCAUCUGCCCACAACAUCAGCAGCGCUGCCGCGUCAGACCGCACCAACUUCUCCCGAGGGGUGGGCAUCCGCAGCACAUUCCACGCAGGCCAGCAGCGGGGUGCCCGGGACCAGCAGGGCUCCGCCUACCCCGGCGGGCCUGCGUCCCCGUCACUGUCACAUGGCAACAGCCAGGCCCGGAGGACACACGGCGCCACAGGGAUUUUCAGCAAGUUCACAUCCAAGUUUGUACGCAGAAAUCUCUCGUUCAGGUUUCCAAGAAGCUUUUUGUUGAAAUCUUUCUUUUGUGCCUUGAGCCUUAUCUUUUCUCCUCCUUUUUUCUGUGGUUGGCCCCUUUUUUUUGAGCCUUCUGGUUUUGAGUGCCGUGUUCAUUUAUUUUUUACUAACUUCCCCCCUCACCCAGCUGCCCGCUCACUUAACUCAUUCACUCCAUCAUCAUGCGGCACAAUAACACCUCACCCCUCUUCCUCUUUGUCCCUCCAUUGUCUCUCCCACCCACCUCCUCCUUAUCCCUCCUUUUUUUCCUUUUAUUUACCAAGUAGUGUGUGUGAGAGCUCGUAUUCCCCUGUAGCGUCCCAGAUUUCAAUUCUCACACUUCUUCUUUUUCUCUCUUUGCUUAUUUCUUCCUCAUCCUCACGCUUCCUUCUCCCUGCCCCUGCUCUCCCUCUUCCUAUCCUGUUGUCCCAUCUCUUUAUCUGCCCGUUCUUUCUUCUCCUCCUGUCUUCGGCCACCUUUUGUCCUUCUCUUCCACCCUCCCAUCCCUCACCCAGGUCUAUGCUGAGCAGCACAGUGGACAAGUCCGAGAAGACGUCCGGCGGUGUUCUCUCCUCUUCUUCCAACAAUGAUGAGAACAACUCCUCCCCAGGGUCUGGUAACACUGGUGGCACCGGCACCCCUCCUGCCAUCGGCACCCAGAAGGACUCGGCCAAGCCGCGCUCGCUUCGCUUCACCUGGUCCAUGAAGACCACGUCGUCCAUGGAGCCCAUGGAGAUGAUGCGCGAGAUCCGCAAGGUGCUCGACUCCAACAGCUGCGAGUACGAGAUGCGCGAGCGCUACAUGCUGCUGUGCGUGUCGGGCAACCCAGCGCGCGACGACUUCGUCCAGUGGGAGAUGGAGGUGUGCAAGCUGCCGCGGCUCUCCCUCAACGGCGUGCGCUUCAAACGCAUCUCAGGCACGUCCAUCGCCUUCAAGAACAUUGCCUCAAAGAUUGCCAACGAGCUCAAACUGUGAGGGCCGAGGAGCAGCGAGGAGAGAUGAGAUUAAAGGGCGGAGGUGGGCGGGUGAAGGGGGGGUGAUGGUGAGGAGGAGGAGGAUGAUGAUGAUGCUGUAAGCGGGGUUGGGGGCACUGUGGAGGUAAGCUACAGGGCGGGAACACGAUUGUUAUGUGGACAAAGGUCUGAAGUAGGGCUGUUGGUUCUCUGAGACUAGAAAACGUUUCUUUUUCUAGGAGUUCUGUUCCUAAAGUUCACCAGGCCCUGCCAUUAGAAACUCUGAGUCCAUUUCCUCUGAGUUGUGAAGUACUUAUAGACCGAGGUCUUCUCUCUUCCCUGCUGUUUUAUUUGUUUGUUUUUUUUGUCACGUUCUACUAGACGUUCCACUCUUCUGCAUGUCCGAUCUGCUCUCUCUGUUUUUAGUAGUCACACUUUGAUCACUUUGACCACUCAUGUCACAUCUUCCUGCUAUUUAUUCCGUUUUUCUGCACGGUUCUGCUGCCAGGUCUUUUUGGGUAGGAGGGAAACCAGGUUAACAAAAAAUAAAUAAAAAAUAGGGAUGGAUGGAGGACAAAGAGAGAGUGGAGGAAUUGCUACUUUCUCCCUAAAACUCUCAACUAAGUGGUGAUGAUUGACAGAAAGUUCAGAGCCUUUUUUGCUGGAAAACUCAAAGGAGUUUUGAUUACAUUUGUUGUGAUUCUCCUCCAAAACUGAAUGGACUCCAACUGAGCCAGGACUUCUCUCUCUCUCACACACACACA